GAGAUUAUACCCCCGCCAGAAACAGACCAGCACAUUUUGGUUGUGGGGUUUGAAAGGAACAAAAGUGGCCUGGAAGUGGAAACGCGAGAGGCACAAGUGAAUUGUUAUUUUACGACAAUCCAGAUCCCAGAUCCUUGGCAUACGGCUUGAUCCACCUUGCUUGAUCAGGGGGAUUUCGAACAUCAUCUAGAAGCAUGUGAAGCCUUCUGGGAAUUUCCCGUUAUUUCCUCUGUCCAAAAUUGACAUUGUGUCCUAAGCGGCAUCUCACCCAAGCUACGACAGCUGCCACAUCAGCUGAGUCCCAAAGGCCACUAUGGUUAUCCCGAGCAGCUUCUUCGCCGAGGCUCUACCAGCCUCCCCCAAGAACCAUCUGCUAAACAGAUGGAAACGCGAUUCCGCGGAGACCGCAGAGGGUGUGAUGACCAAGAUCAAGACUGGAUUUCACGCUGUGGAAAAAGAGGUCGAGAAAGAUGUUGGGAUUGUGGCCGAAAAGACUCACAUGAAACCAUGGAUGGUCUUCGGUAUCUUGGCCUUAGUUGUGCUAGCUAUUCUGGGCUUGGUGGGCUGGUGUGCGUGGAGGUUCUGCCGAAAGAAACGCCCCAAGAAGGAAGACAAGGAUGCUGGCAAAGAGGAUGAUGAAAAUGCUCUGGUCGAGAAUGAAGAAGUCAAGGAAGAGGAGACGGAUGAGAAGAAAGAGGAGCUCAACAAGGGUCGGAUCAAAUACAAAUUGGAGUACGAUUUCACAACUCAGGAGCUAAAAAUCACGGUCCUCGAAUGCGCCGAUCUCCCACCCACAGAUUGGUCCACGGGCCUGACGGAUCCAUUCGUCAAAGUCUAUUUGCUUCCAGACAAGAAACCCAAAUAUGAAACCAAAGUCCAUCGGAAGAACCUCAACCCCAAGUUCGAUCAAACGUUCAUCUUCAAGAAUAUUCCCUAUGUGGAAACUUUUGACAAGACCUUGGUCUUUGCUGUGUACGAUUACGACCGGUUCUCCUCAUCAGAUCAACAGAGUGAGCUCCAACUGCCUUUGAACUCCGUGGAUCUGGCAGCUCCUAUCGAAGAGUGGAAAGAUUUGGCUCCCGUGGAUGAUGGUAGCAACCAAUAUUUGGGAGAUCUCUGUCUUUCCCUUCGUUAUGUACCAUCGUCUGGAAAGCUAACAGUUGCCAUUCUGGAAGCUCGCAAGCUCAAAAAGAUGGAUAUCACUGGUGCUUCUGAUCCCUAUGUCAAGAUCAAGCUUUUCGACAACAAGGGAAAGCGAAUCGGCAAGAAGAAGAAAACUACCGUCAAAUCCUGCAAUCUCAAUCCGUAUUGGAACGAGUCAUUUGUUUUCGUUAUCGACGAGAUGGACAUGAAGCGAGUGUAUCUAGAUAUCACGGUGUGUGAUUACGAUUUGAUUGGCGGUGGAGACCCAAUUGGAAAGAUCAAGUUGGGAUGGAACCAACAGAAGUUGUACAAAGCCGGCUUCAAGCACUUCAAAGAGGUCCUGGAGAACCCACGUCGGCCCAUCAUCAAGUGGCAUGUACUUCAGGAUCCGGAGCCGGAGGAAGAUGACGACAAGGACAAGAAGAAGGACAAAGACAAGAAGGACGGCAAGGACAAAAAGGACAAGAAGGACGACAAGAAGGACGACAAGAAGGAAGAUAAGAAGGACAAAAAGGAGGAAAAGAAGAAGUAAACACUUUCACGCAUUUGAAGAAGGACGAAUCUUCCCGCGUCCUCCCUUCCCGGACAUGUAACGUACAAUUGGCCUUCGAUUUGGCCUCAUCAUCCAGUCAACCACCAAAGUGGCCUCCUCUGAUCCUCGUGCUUCGCGAGAACUGAUUCGUUUGAUUUGAUCUCGCUUUUGGCCCUUCUUCGUCACCAGUGAAGAUGCAGGAGCGAGUCUCUUUCUCUUUGUUUCUCUCUUUGUUGCCCAUCCUUCUUCUCUCCCAUUCAGCUUUCUACGAUAUCUAGAUUCGCCGUUCUUUUACCGUUAGUUUUGUUAUACGGAGUUCAAAUUUGACCUGAAUUCAAAAGGGAACUUUUGGGGAGCUUUAUCGAAAGGGUGCGAUUCCUGUCCAUGAUUGACGAAUGCUGAACCUUUAAAGAAAAAUCAUUCAGAAAUCCACCACUACGACGUCCCCAAACGAUGACAUCACUUACCCGUUAUUCCUACUACUAUGUGUAUGCGCUUUGUUGGAUGUGAGACUCCAAAACCGAUGCUGUCGUUGCUCAAUCACGUUAAAACUUGGAAUGACCUUUAGCUCCGUUGGUGAAAAAGAUUAGUUGGGGGAUUUGAAUGGUUCUCUCCUUCCUCCUUUGAUUUCAUCCUCCCUUCUCCCCAUGAAAAAGAAAGCCAUGUGUGAUAACAAGAAUACCUAUUGGAACGCUAAAUGAUUAACUAACUCUAUUUGCUACGACCACGAAAGCAGAAAACCCCUAUUUCGAAUUACUAUCAUUAUCAUCAACAUUACCAUCGCUAAUAUGAGCCCCCC